UCGAAGCAAUCUCUUUAAUUAAAAAAAAAAAAAUUUGCGAUUGCCGGUUGUUUUCCACUCGAUCCAUAGAUCCGAGAACUCAAGCAGGGGGGAGGAGAAGGCUACAAGGAGGGUUAUAGGUGUUCCGAUCAACGCCAACAAAGAUGAGCUUUCUCUUUGGCAAGAAAAAAACUCCCGCAGAAUUGCUGCGGGAGAACAAGAGAAUGCUUGAUAAGUCUAUUAGAGAGAUCGAAAGGGAGAGGCAAGGGCUGCAAAAUCAGGAGAAAAAGCUUAUUGCUGAGAUUAAGAAGGCGGCCAAGCAAGGGCAGAUGGGAGCUGUAAAAGUCAUGGCAAAAGAUCUAAUCCGGACAAGACACCAAAUUACUAAGUUUUAUGCACUCAAAUCACAGCUUCAAGGAGUGUCUCUGAGAAUUCAGACAUUGAAGUCAACUCAAGCUAUGGGUGAGGCCAUGAAGGGUGUUACCAAGGCAAUGAGACAGAUGAACAGACAAAUGAACUUACCUGCACUACAGAGGAUAAUGAUGGAAUUUGAGCAGCAAAAUGAGAGGAUGGAGAUGGUCUCUGAGGUUAUGGGUGAUGCCAUAGAUGAUGCUCUGGAAGGAGAUGAAGAGGAGGAAGAAACCGAAGAACUUGUUAGCCAAGUACUCGACGAAAUCGGAAUAGACAUCAAUUCAGAGCUUGUCAAGGCGCCUACCUCUGCUGUGGCCAAACCAGCAGCAAACGUCAAGGUUGCUCAGGCCGAGUCUGCCGCAAGUGAUGAUGGAGGGAUUGAUAGUGAACUACAAGCAAGGUUAGAUAACUUGAGGAAGAUGUAAAUUUGUACUUAUGAUUUACUAUUUGAAACGAGAAGCAUAGUACUGUGCCCUGUAAUAUAGUCUAAUACACUGUUUAUUCUGCACAAUGCUUACUCUUUGCUCCAAUGUUUGGAUGAUAAAAAAAAUACUUGUGCUUACUUGUUCACAAGUUAUUGGCUUUGGUGUGAACAUUUGUUCAUAGUUGUUUUGUGAUGAUAAUCAUUUUAAAUGAGAUUGAUGAGCAUUCUAUUUUUUUA